CAAAAAUACCAAGCUACCGAGACGUUGUCACUCUACGUAGUUAACUAAAGGAUUUCAGACACAAUGGAAAUAGUUAAAUGUGAUUCACACGGUAGUGUGUGUAUGCUAAAAACCGGUGUGAAAGAGGGACCAAAUAAAGGCAAGAGCUUCUAUAUUUGCAUUGACAAGCAGGGCUGUGAUUUCACCCAGCAGGCCAGUAUCGCUCCUUCCCACUGUCUGCAUCACGAAGAGUCAGUGGUGGAGCUGCAGGCGCUCAGCUACAGUCAACAGCAGCAGAGCCACCGACUCUACUACAGAUGUGCUGUCGGGAAAAGAGAAGGUCAGAGAUGGUGUGGAAACGUGCCCUGGACUGCUCAAGAAAAAGAAAGGAGAACCCCUCUAACUGACUCCCAGCUGCAGCCAUCCUGCCUCCCACGUGUCAGAAAUCCCUUUAAAGCUCCCGACAAGACGGACAAACCUUCGGAGCGGAGACGCAUGCAGAGCGGUGGGUGUGAAGAGAAAGAAGGGGAGAAGAAAACUGGGAGAGCAAGUCAUAACGCAGAAGGAAGACAACGCUCUCAGAAGGAAAAUACGGAGGCCCUAGGCGCAGAGGAAAGAAAGUCGAGCGCACCUGAAACAUAUCAAGGUAAGCUGCUCCCAGCAGGAAUGAAGGUAAAGAAGAGGAUUUCAAGUGAGGAAAGCAAGUCCAAAGCUGACGACGUUGAUAGAACAGCAGUUAGGACGCAAGACAAGGCUGGGAAAAGUUCUGCAGAGGAGGGAGAGUCAGAAAAAACCAUUUCCACUCGAGACAUUGAGAAAAUCAGUCAAAUGUGCCCCGACCUACUCAAAAAUAUACCACAGGAAGCAACCAAUAGUCAAACCUCUUCCUUGAGUCAGAAUGAGCCCACAGCGGAGAAGAGCGUUGCUGAAUCUGUCCCCGGCAGAAGCAGCCAGUCGUCAAGAGGAGCCGAUUGUGCCGCUUCAGCGGCUGUUAAGACCAAGACCCACCAAGAAGAGGAGGAUGACGACGUAGUUUUGGUUUCAGUGAAACCGGCGGCUCGCCAAACCCCCCCGGCUUCUUCUACCGUCCAAAAGACGAUCACCAGCUUUCCAGGGUUUCAGUCGGCCGCCCAGGUGGGCGACCCAAAGGGGAUGCACUGUCUGCUCAGUGCCCAGCUUCAACAGAAGAAGGCCACGCUGUCUUCGGUGAACAUGGCGGCUCUGCCAGAUAAAGGAGAGAGGCUGAGAUUACAGGUUAAACAGCUGGAGGACGCUCUGGAGUCUCUAAGCCUCGCUGCUGCUUCUCAGCCCGAACCCGCGGAGGAGUCCGGGAGCGGCGGCUCUGCUGCCGGCUCCGCUCGGCCCGUUGUCAAUCCAUUCAGCAGGCCGGGCGGAACCGUCCUGCUCCCCUCUGCUCCAGUACCAGGGCCGGUCCGGCACCAAGCUUCCGGCAGCUCUGUGGGGAUUCAACUGAGCCAGGGAAAUGCUCAAACCUUUGGAGCAGAUCUCCAAAUGCACCCUUAUUAUGGCGGCAGGAUGACAAAUGAGCGCCUGCUGGAGGUGAAGAACGCCACCUGCGAGGCCAUCGACCAUCUUCACAAAUCUCUGGAGUCGUGUCCGGAUCCCGAGGACGAAGCUUCAGAUCCCAGAGGCAUCAAGGUGCCGCUCCUGGCCCAUCAGAGGAGAGCUUUAGCCUGGCUGCUCUGGAGGGAAGCUCAGAAUCCAUGUGGAGGAAUUCUGGCUGACGACAUGGGCUUAGGCAAAACACUGACCAUGAUCGCUCUCAUGCUGACAAAAAAGAUGGAGGCCAAAAAAGAAGGAGAAAAGAAGGAAGAGAAGAAGCUGGAUUCCUGGAUCUCUAGAAGCGAUUCCAGCAUUGUGUCUUCUAAAGGCACUCUGGUCAUCUGUCCCGCCUCCCUGAUUCACCACUGGAAGAAGGAGAUUGAGCGGCAUGUCAAGACGGGCAGGAUGUCGGUGUAUCUGUACCACGGUCCCAGCCGGGAGAGAAGCGCCAGAGCACUGGCAGAUUACGACGUGGUCGUGACCACAUACAGUUUGGUCUCUAAGGAGAUUCUUGUCGAAAAGGAAGAUGCUGAUAAUCCCGGCAAAGAUCCCGAUCAUGUGCCGUCACGUUCAGGCCCUCUACUGCGAGUGACCUGGGCCCGUGUGAUUCUGGACGAAGCCCACAACAUUAAAAACCCCAAAGUGCAGACCUCCAUGGCCGUCUGCCAGCUGAGAGCCCGCGCCCGCUGGGCUGUCACCGGGACCCCCAUCCAGAACAACCUGCUGGACAUGUACUCUCUGCUGAAAUUCUUGCGUUGUUCUCCGUUCGACGAGUACAAGCUGUGGAAAGCUCAGGUGGACAACGGCUCCAGCAGGGGCAGGGAGAGACUCAACAUCCUGACCAAAACUCUGCUGCUGCGACGCACCAAAGAUCAGCUGGACUCCAUGGGAAAACCGCUGGUGUCUCUUCCGAAGCGGACCUGCGAAGUGCAUCAGCUCAAACUCUCUGAGGACGAGCAGGCUGUGUACGAUGUGGUGUUCGCUCAGUCCAGGUCUACUCUGCAGAACUAUCUGAAGAGACAUGAAGAGAAGGAUUUGGACAAGGGAAACACGUCCAGCGUCAAUCCGUUUGAUAAAGUGGCCCAAGAGUUCGGUGUGUCCCAGGCUGGCCCUGCCAGGUCGGGCUCUCGCCAGGCAUCCAGCACCGUUCACAUCCUCUCUCUGCUGCUGCGCCUCAGACAGUGCUGCUGCCACAUCUCUCUUCUUAAAAAGACGUUGGACUCGUCUGAGCUGCAGGGUGACGGGAUCGUACUGUCGCUGGAGGAGCAGCUGAACGCUCUGUCGCUCUCCUCGACCCCGUCGCCAUCGGGCCCUGACCCCAAAGACACCGUGGCUCUGAACGGCACCCGCUUUCCCUCACAGCUGUUUGAGGAGACCAGUGAAAGCACCAAGAUUUCUGCGAUCACAUCUGAGCUCAUGGCGAUAAAAGAGAAGAGUGACAAUCAGAAAAGCGUGAUCGUGUCUCAGUGGACCAGCAUGCUCAACAUCAUAGCAGUUCAUCUGCGGCGGAUGGGCUUGACUUACGGGGUCAUCGACGGCACCGUGAACCCCAAACGGCGCAUGGACCUGGUGGAAGAGUUCAACACGAACCCUAGAGGACCUCAGGUUAUGCUGGUUUCUCUUUGUGCUGGUGGGGUUGGACUCAACCUUAUUGGAGGGAAUCAUCUCUUCCUCAUUGACAUGCACUGGAAUCCAGCCUUGGAGGAUCAGGCCUGUGACCGAAUCUAUAGAGUAGGACAACGUAAAGACGUCACCAUUCACAGGUUUGUGUGUGAAGGAACCGUAGAGGACAAGAUUGCAACGCUGCAGACGAAGAAGAAAGAGCUGGCCCAGAAUGUGCUUUCAGGAACAGGAAGCACAGUCUCUAAACUCUCAUUGGCCGAUCUCAAAAUAAUUUUUGGUGUUUAGAAAUGAUGAAAGUCUUGAGGUUAUCCUUUUUAAAUGUUAAUUUCUUUUUUCCUUUUUCUGUGUGUAAUGAUGCAAACCUUCUGGAAAAUCUUGAAAAAGCCACAUAAGGUAUUUGUUAAAUGAAAGGUUGCUCCAUUGUCCUCCCUACAGAUAAUGCUUCACAUUUUGAUUUAUGUUUUUAACCAUUACAGAUUGCACAGGCUAUUAUAAAAAUGUCUACGCUUACAGUAAUGCUGCUAUACUCGUCUCAGUGUGCAUUCUAAAUUGUAGGACUUUGUUUUUAUUAAAGCACUAAAGUGUAAA